AUGGACGACGAUCACGAACAGUUGGUCGAAGAACUGGAGGCCGUCGAGGCUAUCUACCCAGACCUUCUCUCCAAGAAGCAGGAAGACGGCAGCAUGAUCGCCGUGAAGGUCCCGCAGCACGAAUACAUGACACUGCAGAUCUCCUUCCCAACGCGCUACCCGUCCGAAGAGGCCCCUAACGUUAUUGACGUUAGCGUCUGCACUUCUUUGGCUAAGCGUGACCUCUACGAUACUAAGUACUUGCAGCAUCUGUUCCAGGAAGUCAUGGAUUCCGUGUUUCAUCGCGGAUCCGUAUGUCUGUUCGACUUUCUUACUGAACUCGACGGUGUCUUGUAUGUCGAGCCAGAAGAGGAGACAGAAGUGGUCCUGCAGAGUGACAUUCCUACGGACCCCUUCGAGGGAUGGAUUGCCUCGGACCCCAUCACCGAUAGAGGUUCAACUUUCAUGGCCUUUGCAGCGCAUGUUACCUCCGAGGAGCAAGCCUUUGACAUGCUCGACUUGCUCAAGACAGACUCCAAGAUGCGUAAGGCGAAUCACGUCAUGAGCGCCUGGCGUAUCAAGCAGGAUGGCUGUGCAGCAACAUACCAAGACUCGGAUGACGACGGUGAAACUGCCGCCGGUUCGAGAAUGCUUCAUCUGAUCACCAUCAUGGAUGUGUGGAACGUCAUCGUUGUGGUAGCCCGUUGGUUUGGUGGCGCCCACAUAGGACCUGACCGGUUCAAACACAUCAAUUCCACGGCGAGAGAAGCUGUCAUUAGGGCAGGUCUCGACAAGUAA